UUCAAAGAAAGAACGACGCCGUUUUCUCAAGUCUAACUCUGAAAUGAGACCAACCUCUUCCUCCUCCUCCUCCUCCUGCUAACUGGAAAAACUCGACUUGAGUUAGGUCAAGCAGCUAGGGUUGGGUGAUCAAGCGGGCGAUGGCGAUGCAAACCGGCAUAGGCUUCUCCAAGAUCCUGAUCUUGGUCGGAGCAGGGUACACCAGCACGGUCCUGUUCCAGAACGGUAAACUGUCCGACGUAUUGGGCGACAUUCAGUCCCUGGUGAAAGGAUUUGAGAAAAAGGGGAACUCAUCAUCAGAGGGUGAUUCUGAUCAUUCCGAUGCCAUUGCUUCUCAGGUGCGCCGGUUAGCAAUGGAGGUCCGCCAAUUAGCCUCAGCAAGACAGAUUACUGUUCUGAAUGGGAAUUCUGGCCAAAUUGGUGACAUAACAUCUCUUAUAGUGCCGGCUGCUGCAUUGGGAGCAUUAGGUUAUGGAUACAUGUGGUGGAAGGGUUUUUCAUUCUCAGACCUUAUGUAUGUUACAAAGCGUAACAUGGCAAAUGCUGUUUCAAACUUGACAAAACAUUUGGAGCAUGUGUCUGAGGCUCUUGCUGCAACUAAGAGGCACUUGACUCAGCGCAUUGAGAACUUGGAUGGAAAACUGGAUGAGCAAGUGGGAAUAUCAAAAUUAAUUAAGAAUGAGGUUACUGAUGUUCGCACUGAUCUUUCUCAAAUUGGCUAUGACUUGGACGCACUACAGAGAAUGGUUUCUUGCUUGGAUGGAAAGAUAGGCUCACUGGAGGACAAACAGGAUUUUGCAAAUAUGGGUGUAUUAUAUCUGGUCAACUUUGUUGAUGGAAAAAAGAUGAAAAUGCCAGAAUCUUUUCAGGAACAACUAAAGCUUUCAGGGAAAUCCCGUAGUUAUCUUACCUCAUCUGAAACAAGUCUCAAGGGUCUGAAGGAGAUAGCAGAUUCAUUAGUUUCAGGAAAUGCUGGUAGGUCAAUAACAGAUGGUACUGUGCAAGACGGCUUGGAUGAGUUGGAUGGCAGGCCAAGGAGUCUCAUAAGGACGGCCUCAGCCAAGUGCUGAUUCAAACAUUUUGUUAAGACCUCAAGGAGGAGCUGUUCUUUUCAGUAGCCCAUGAAUGAAGAUUAUGUAUGGUCAAUAAAAAGCGGCGGUGUGCUGUCCGUGUGUAUCAUAUAUAUUCAUUUCACGGUUAAAUUUAAUGUAAAACAUGGGGGGGGGGGGGGGGGGGGGGGUUUCUUGGUUUGUCUAGAUGAAAUCCUUUAUGCAUCUACUUGUGUUUAUCUCUUGUGCUCAAUUUUAAUGUAGAUAUUUAGCACUCUAUCUCCAUCUUCCACACAUGAGGAUCGAUCUUUACUAUUGUUAGUUUGGCUCUGCCCCUUUAUUUUUAUAUUUUUGGUGUUUAUUUUAAAAGGGGUAAGCACAAUGCCAAGUGAUCCAUUUGGGUGGGGGGAAGAGUCUGGACUCGAGACUUUUCUUUGAACAAUCACCGCUCAAUGUAACGAAGUUGCUACUCAAGUGGUA